UGUUCUUCUUCUUAUACUUCUAAUACUUUUUAUUAUAAUUAUUAUUAUAUUAUUAGUAUUGACAAUUUCACAAGAUAACCCAACCAGGAAAAUUACUUUCACACAAAACAAUUCCACGUUGGAUCCAACUUCAAACAAAAGAAAACCUUAAUUUUCUCUUCUUCUCAAGGGCUUCACCGGCGACAUUAACCUCAACCGACCGACGGAAAACGAAGACAUCUUGUCUCAAUCUCUCGCCGAAAGGGAAGACCGGGUAAUUCUCCCGACCGCGACGACAACGUCCGGAGGCUUUCACAAGUUUCCUCCGGCGAAUACGAGAUGCGUAGCUGAAUCUCAUCUCAAGAUCUUGAGGCCAAUUAAGAUACCUUCUUCUUCUUCUUCUUCUUCUUUCUUAUCAAAUGGAUUUUGGAUUCCUCGGUAGUAACAACAACCACAUUCCUUGGCUUAGUCAAAAAGUGAAAACCACCACCACCAUCUCUGCCCUGCCGCCAGAAACACCACCACCACCAAAGGAGGAACAGCAAAGAUCAAAUCUUGAGGUGAAGUUAUUUGGGCGAUCACUUCUUCUCCCAUUAGUUUUAUGGGUUAGUAAUUUCCAAACACCUUCACUGAUCAACAAAGAAUUGAAGAAGAAGCCAGUAGUAAUGCAUAACAGAGUGGAUCAUUCGAGAAUUCGUUUCAGACCAUACGUAUCGAAAGUUCCAUGGCAUACCGGUCCGAGAGCUUUCCUGUCUCAGUUAUUUCCUAGAUACGGGCAUUACUGUGGACCGAAUUGGUCGAGUGGGAAAGAGGGAGGAUCGCCUGUAUGGGACAGAAGGCCUAUAGAUUGGUUGGAUUUUUGUUGUUAUUGCCAUGAUAUUGGUUACGAUUCUCAUGAUCAGGCAGAUAUGUUGAAGGCUGACCUUGCCUUUCUCGAUUGUCUGGAGAAACCUAACAUGAUUGUCAAAGGGGAUGCUCGAAUUGCCAAUCUAUACAAGAAGAUGUGCACAUCAGGUCUGAGAAGUAUAUUGAUUCCUUAUAGAAGACAUCUGUUGAAGCUGCAGUCAGUUCAAAUGGAAUUUGGAUUUGGAUUUGGGUUUGGAUGGCUGGGAGAUAGGCAAUGGAAUGUAUGGAAGCUGAGAAAGAAUCCAUGAAACAAUUAGAAGUCUAUUUCCACAUUACUCUUUAUUAUUAUUAUUAUUAUUAUUAUUAUUAUUAUUAUUAUUAUUAUUAUUAUUGUCUCUACUUUGUUGAGCCAGUAUAAGUCUAUGCUGUUGAUGAUAUAUAUAUAUAUAGAUAUGUAUAUGUGAAAAACCUAGCGAUGUUGAUAUUUGAACUCGCCCUUGUAUAUGAAAAACUUGAGUAGUGUGUUUGUAAGUUUUGGUACAAAUUUGACCUAAUUAGGUCUUAGGAUGUAUGUAUUCUGAAACACUUCUCAUAGAAUGUAUGUACCAACUUAAAAAAAAAAACUUUUUUUAUUGUA